CCGCUUGUUUUUUUUUCUAAUAUAACAAGGUGUAGUGCUUAAAAAGAGGGAACGUUGAGAUAGUACGUGGCAAACACCAAUCAUGGGAAAAAUUGACCUUCGAAUCCGUGGCGUCUCAGUAUAUGACGCUGGGACUGGAGCGGGAUUUAUAUACGUGUUUAAGAUGACUAGGAAGUUGAGAAAUUAUGGCAAAACUAACAGAAGCAGAAGCAACGCCGUUCUGUCUUGCAAGAGACAGGUAACUAAGAAGCAAAAGGCAAGAGUAAUCGAAGAUUGUAGGGGCAAAAGCAACUGACACGCCACAAGUAUGCUUUAGACUGUUUGUCAUUUGGUUCGAGUGUCACGUUUUGUUCGUAACUUUGUUCGUUAAUCAUAUAAAACAUACAAUAUUGGUGUAGCCACUUUCAAUGCAGAAAUAACACGGUAAAGUAGAAUAGGAUAACAGGAGAGGGCUUUUCAUUUCCAUUUAUUGAGCGAAUCAUGGUUAACAGCACGUCAAAAUGUGACUUUUUUAUUAUUAUUUUUCUUUCGUAUCAUUUAAAAUUAUGGCAUACUUAACGUGUAGUAGUAUCACAUUAUUUUUUCUUUACUAUUUUUUAUCCAGUACUACUAUAUCCCCCCAGGGACGAGUAUAACUUGCUCGCAAACAUAACUCUAACUUACUUCUUGUCAUUUGUUUGGCAAUCCCCAGUCUUUUUCGAUGCGCCUUUAUUUUGUAUAAUCUAGUUUUUCAUCUUCAUUUUGAACUGGGAUGAACUGUUUCGAUCAUUAUCUGAGUCUCUCGGUAGUUCAGAAAGAAUUAUCAGAUAAUAGAAUUGUGAAAGAAUCCGGUAAACUCACUCCUGUGCAACUUCGGACGGAAUUCAGUGGGCUACGGGUGUUAUCUUUGUUUGUUAUUUCGAUGUACGGUCAUCAAGGUGUAAAAAGCAUGCGGGGAAUGGCACUAAAAUAACGAAGGAACGUGGAGUGAUUUUGCAGCUGAGCCGUAAUAGGUAGCAGGAUAAUAGUGGGCGGGUUUCGUCAAUGGACAAACACUUCACACAAUUAUAACGCCAGACCACCGCAUGCAAUGUUGGAAAAACGAAACAAUCAUUGGAAAAACAAAAAGAAGGCAAGAAAGGACGAGAUAAAGAGAAAGUGUGUGAGAGAGAGAGAGAGAGAGAAAGAGAGAGAGAGAGAGAGAGAGAGAGAGAGAGAGAGAGAGAGAGAGAGAGAGAGCAAUUGAUAGAGUCAAGUGAAUGAAAGCAACACAUUGUGGAACUAAACUAGAACUUUAGUAAAAUAAUAAAACAGAGGGAAAAGGAUAUUGCUGUGGUCAAACUGUA